AUGGUCGCACAGCUUGGGCUUGCCAACCUAGCCGCAGUACGAACACGAAUUGUGAGACAGACCAGGAACGAUGCGGGUCUGGAUGAUGGUUGGCAUCCUGGCUUUCUUGACCCUGGAACAACGGCGCUUGUUCGUAGGAGUGCGGCCGCGGGAGAGCAUCAUUAUGGCGAGCACUCUGUCGUAACGUCUGAAGUGCUUGUUGCUGAGGCAUCCUUUACGGGCCAGGAAGGUCUGAGUUGGCAUGUUGAACACGCUGAUAAGACGGGGAGUCCUUUAGAGCGCAUCGGCAAUAGCGUCCUGGCCGGUAGCGGUGAUGAUAAUGACAUCAAGCUGGUCGUCGUUUUGGUAGACAGACGCAGUAAAGGGACCCUCGCCGGCGUUCUUGACCUUGGGCACGCAGGGUUUCCAUGA